AUGGAUGAUUUGUUUGCCCACAGAGUAUCCCUCAACCAUGAAAUCGACAACAAUCCUAAACCAGAAGACGUAGGAGGAAUCAAAGUGUACGUGAGUAUCCUAAUGUCGGAAGAUUCUAUAAUAGAACCAGUACUCGCUUUCUCCUUGCCUGCCAAAGAUAUUUUGGAUAGCUUCACGAGGUAUAGAUGGGAACAACUGAAUUGCUUGGAGAACGAUGAACGUUUCAAUUGGUUUCAGCUUGGUUUUGGGAGGAGGAAACUCAAUAGCCUUGUGGUUGAUGUCAUUUUUACCAACUUUACCUAUUAUCCAAACUAUUAUUCAACUUGUGCUUUUGCGUUUUAUAUUACCUUUAAGUACAUGAUUCCUCCUACGAUUGAAGAUUAUCUAUCAUUUGAAGAUUAUGUAUCAUUUGGAGAGGAGAAUAUGCAAGUCCCAGUUGAUGAGAGCACCGUUGAUAACCGGUUUAGACCGGCGAGUAAGGUUGCGGUUGCUUCUUUGUCAAGGAAAGUAUAUGAGAAGACGACUUCUAGCUUGGACAUAUGCACAAUUUGUUUGGAUCAGUUUAAAAUGGGAGAAAUAGUCGUGACCUUACCCUGUGGACACGAGUUUGACCAUAGCUGUAUCCUCGAAUGGUUUUUCCACAACCAUGUUUGUCCAUUGUGCCGUUUCGAGUUACCAUGUCAAAAUUAG